AUCCUCUAGCAGGCAUUUUCCCUCCACCAGCACUCAUCAUCCAGGUCUCUCUUUAUCUUCCAGCACUCAUCCUCACCUCCUCCAGCCAUCAUCCUUCACCUUCCCCUCUGCCUUCUUCCCCCAGCUGCUCUGACACAAUGAGGGCUGCCAUUUGUGUGCUCCUCUCUCUCCUGCUCCUGGGCUCUUCAGCAAUGAAGCACAAGGCCUGUCUCAGUAAAAGUGAGCUGGGCUUACAGGGCCAGAAGUUCCUGAGAAAACAUCUGCAACGGUCUGGAUGGUUUCUCGUUCAGACCCCAUUAACUCUGUAUAAGAGCGAGGAGAAGCGUACCUGUGCAGGGUUCACACCACAGUCCGCAUCACCCGAGCACAGGAACAGAGCACUGUCACCCUGGAAGUACAGGAUUGAUGUGGAUGAGAACAGGUACCCCCAAGAGAUUGCUGUGGCAGAAUGCCUGUGUGAGGGCUGCAUCAUCAAUGGGCAGGAGAACCUCACUUUCAACUCAGAGCCUGUGAAGCAGACUAUCAUGGUGUCCAGGUAUGAGAAGUGCCCAGAGGACCCACAAAAGUUUUCACUGGUGAUGGAGCCCAUGGAGAUUGAAGUGGCCUGUACCUGCGUGAUUCCUCGAACAUCUCACUGA